AUGCGCUUCGGCACCGAUUUCACCGAGGAGGAGCUGGCAGAGCUCAAGAAGCUAGAUAUCAUCUACGACAAGCUACUCCCCAAGCGCAGCUCCGAGUGUAAAGACGCGAGCACCUCUAGCACCAACGGGCCAGGUGACUACGGCCGAAUCCCGCUUCGAGACUUCUUUGUUUCCUCCGCUGGCACGCCAUCAGUAGCACGGAUUGGAUCAAGUCCACCAGGGAUCGCGGCCAAGUGGCAGAUGAUGCUGCGCGAGAUGAACGGUGAGAUGGUGGUGCGCAACGGCCAGAACAUCCGCAACACACGCGCGGUCACCAACCGUAUCCUCUCCUGGUCAAUUACAUUCCAACAAGCAGAUCGCGCAGCAGCAGCGGUGAGCCUAGGCCACGAUGGCGGGCGUGCCUUGGCGCGAGAGUGGGUUCGUGGCAUUGUCGUUUACUUUCAGGAGCGCAUGGACAAGUCGUUUGCCGAGCUCAACAUCACCGCACAGGAGGAGGCGUUUGUACGAGAACUUAAGCUUCCUGAGAUGGAUGGAGCCGACCUUGUAUCGCGAUGUGUAGAGGCGGCCCGCACCGUCAUUACACCUAUGUUGACCAUGAGUCCAUACUUCAUCAGCAUUGUUCGAUGCUGCCGUGAGAUGGUGCUCGCGCUUAAGGUAGUGCAGGGGCUUCUUUCCCACAUUUCAUCACACACACGCCUCAUGCCACCCACAACCGUGGCGAUCACCCCGAAUGGACGACGCAACGUCCUUUCGAUCUUGACGCUCGGAGAAGACUUCCUCGAGUCGCUUCGGACGCCACUGUGGCUCUUCCGAUCUGUCCUUCUCUUUCUUGGCGCGCUGGAGCUUCAGCAGUCCCCGCAGCGCGAGAUCGCCAUCAGCGAGCAGCACCUCGACCACUCAAUUCACUGCAUUGCCUCCCUCGUGGCGGAGGUCGAAUCGAAGAGAGACGGCAGCACCACAGCAAACUUGGAGGUGCGCACCAUCCUGGACGCACUCGUUCUCGGACAUGUCAAGAACGCCUGCCUAUCACGCUUCCCCCCAAGCAAGAUGCUGAAACUCCUCGAGCACGAGCAAGGUGUGCUGGCGGAUGUGGAAGCCCCUGACGUCGCCAACAACCUCUUCGCACGCUGCGGCCCAGUGUUAAAGCAGCUUCUGAUUGACUACCCCACGUUCAUGGAGUCUACAGCGAAGUUUGUGGAGCGCAACGAGAUGAGUGACUGGGGUACCUCACUCAUGCUGGUGCAGCUCUUCUGCUGGGACGUGAAGACGCCGCCAGACUUGGCAACACAAGCUAAGCAACCGGUGCUCUACCAUGUUCCAAAGAUGACUGGCCCGUUUCCACAUGGGUCAACGGUGCUAAGCGCCAUGGUGCGUGAAGUGCUGCGUCCACUGCUCUCUGUGCUGCUCUCAGGAAUUCCAUCGGGCGCUAAAGACGAUGGCGCGAGUGGUGGCGCGACUGGAACCGAGAUCGACACGAGGGCUUCCGAUCAGCGCGCCGUGGCAAACCCGAGCCACCCGUCCACCGCAGGCGGUUGCGACGCUCCGCUUGUGCUUUCCCCCUUCGAACAGAACGUGUGUGCUGCACUUCUCACCCUGGCAGCGUGGCUCCAAAGCCUCUCCUUUCCACCGGGGCCCCGGAUGCCGAAAUGGGCGUCUCUGGACGUGGGCGACCAAAUCAUGCGAGAGUUUAACCUCGGUGAGGGCUGCUUUAAGAGCGUGCUGGGAGAGGUACUACAGGACGUUAUCGCCGAAGCUCUGGGUCAGGUGGGGAACAACUGCAGUCACCGCAGCGCUACUGGAGCAGCAGCCGCUCCGGAGACGGACGACACCGCGUCCCAACUGAGCACCGCAGUGCUACAGUACCUGCGCCGCGUCGAGUGCGUCUGGAACGCUGUAACGGAGCACUCCCUUGAGCUGUGCCCGUCUGCCUUUAGCGAUAUUUUGGCGCUCGGUGCUCAGAUACCGUCUUCUAUCUCUACCGCGUCAGCCUUUCACACCACUGCGGACGCCAACGCCACUGCCGUGCGCGCCAGCUACAAUACUGGCUUAUUCGGGGACUGCAAGUAUCUCUUCUAUGACACUGUGCAAAACGUGAUGAAGACGAUGUGGCCCAAUAGGUACGCGGAUCUUCUCACCGAUCCUCUGCUCCACAGCGUGCAUGUGUACUUGCUCCGAGCCGAGAGCACAAGCCAGCGCAGCGGGGGACUCCGACCUGUUUCCCCCAGCGUGGCACAGGGACGACCAAUUGGGGCGAAGCGGCCAAAGCCACUGCCGGAGCAGGCGUCAAAGGAACCUGCGUCUCAUCCAGUCAGCCCAGGCGCUGCAGCUGCACCUGCCCGUGGCUCGCCCCCCGGCGCGGCAGAGCAGAGUGCCGUGGUUCUCACGUCCAAGGAAGAGCUACACAGCGCUCUCCGCAUGGUGCGGUGCAUCAAGAACCGCGACCUCUUCGUCAGCCGCUACACCGUCACGGUUCGAGAGCGUCUUCUGACUCGACCGGCCC